GCACAGGCUGCUUCCAUGCUUCUUCUUCCCUUCCCCUCCGCUGUCACAGGGAUCGACCGGGCACUACUCUUCUUCCUCGGACCUCGGUCCUCCUGACUUCGGAUCCAUCCCCUGCCGCUGGUGACAAAACUUAACUGCUUGCUAAUUUGUUUCGGACCGUUGGUCGAGACUCUUAAGUACUCUAGUAUUUCCUUGUCUCCGCAGCAAGGACUCUGGUACUUUCGAUUCAUCCCAAGUACCGUGUACGGUUUAGCAAACGGCAACAUCGCCCAGGAGAAUGGCGAAAUAUAUGUUGGUCGUAGAGGUUGCAAGUGCUCAUAUCCCAGUGUCCAGCGAUGGAAAUGGAUACACGAAUGCAUUUGUCGAGCUUAACUUUGGUUCUCAGCAGUUCCUCACGACUGUCAAAGAGAAGGGUGUGAGAACAACGUGGAAUGAGUGCUUCUACUUUAACGUGCCGGAUCCAUCUGGUGUUGAUGAGCUUGUUCUUGAAGCGUGUGUGUAUAACACCAACAGAUCCAUCCAAGAUUCCAAGUCCUUCCAUGGCAUGGCCAGAAUCAUUGGGCCCUUAUUUCGGCCUUUGUCUGAUGCCGUUGCCUCGCCCUAUCCACUCGAGCAGACUGGGAUGUUCACGCGUGUGAGAGGGGAUUUGGUUCUGAAAGUAUACAUAGCCGAUGAUGCCUCAAUCAGAGCUUCAAACCCUCUAUUGGCACUGGCACUGGCACUGGAUACUGAUCAGACUUCAAUACCACACAAUAUACCAUUACACCAUUUGAAAGAAAUCACAAAUAACUUCUCUCACACUCACACUAUUGGGUCGGGUGGUUCUGCACGAGUAUACAAGGGAGUACUGCCAAAUAGGAAAAUCAUCGCUGUGAAGAAGAUCCUGCAGUCAUCAAACACAGACCUGGGAAAUCAAUUUGAGAAUGAAGUUUGUCAUCUUAUGACGCUUAAGCACCCUAAUAUAGUGAGGUGUCUAGGUUACUGCUAUGAAACACAGCAUGAGUGUUUAGAUCACAAUGAGAAAUACAUUUUGGCAGGGAUGGAGGAAAGGUUACUUUGCUUGGAGUAUCUUCCAAGGGGAAGCCUUGAUAGGCAUUUAACAGAUGAAUCUUCUGGACUUGAUUGGAGCACACGCUAUAAAAUAAUCCAGGGGGUUUGCUAUGGUUUAUAUUACCUUCAUGAGCAAACUAAUAGGCCUAUUUUUCACUUAGACCUAAAACCCGCGAACAUAUUGCUUGACGACAGUUUUGCACCAAAAAUUACCGACUUUGGUCUGUCAAGACCUCAUCAACAAAAAACCAUUUCCACUUCGUCAAAAGAAGGAACACUUGGUUACAUGCCACCUGAACUGUUUCAAGGAGGUAAAAUUACACCUAAGUCAGACAUAUUCAGUUUGGGUGUAAUUAUCGUGGAGGUAAUCACAGGAGACAAGCCAGAUAUCACUGGAAAAUCUUCAGAAGACUCUAUCGAUAUUAUGCUUAGAAAAUGGAGAAAUAAGUUACAGAGAUCACCAACGCAUGGAUCCCUGGAAUUGGAUUGUGAACAAAUAAAGAGAUGCAUUCAGGUAGGACUAAUCUGUGUGAAUCAUGACCGCACAAAAAGGCCUACGAUAACCAAGGUUAUCAAUAUGAUUGAAGGAUCCGAGAGUAUUGACAGUGACAUUAUUAAUGAGAGAACAUAAUCGGCAGGCCAGGUAAUUUACAGGCUAUAUAUUGGAUCCACAUGUGGUCAUUUCUUCUUCCUGUGGAGCAACAGAAACUUAUGAAAUAUUGAUGAACUCGGUUGAUGGCGGUUGUCCGGGCAAUCUUCAACCAGGAGGCUUGCGUCAAUUGCUUAGAAUGCAAGAUGAAUACAAACUCUUUGUUUUCUCUAUUUUAUUGGUUGAUUCAUGUUGCAACUUUGUAAGCUGGAAUUGUCUUUGAUACUAUGACUUUGCAAUAAAUAAGAUCGUGUGCAUCCGUUCGAUGCAGAUGCUGAGGCA